AUGGCGCCACUUACUAGAUCCGCAAGAACAGCGGCUUCAGGUGGUCCGACUCUGCGAUCAGAGGCCGCUCAACCACUCCGCAAAGAACCAGAAAUUAUCAGCAUUGACGAGGACGAAGAGGAUGAACCCAUGGAGGAUGAAGAGGUCUAUGAAGAUGAUGAAGAGCUAGAGGAAGAAGAUGAAGACCAAGAGGGUGACAAUGAAGAUGAUGAAAUGGACGAGGCCGGCCGCUUCUAUGGCGACGGAGCGGCGGAUUCUGGAUCCGCCUUCCCUGUAUUGGAACCCAGUCUCAAAUCUGUCAUGGGGAUGUCCAACAGGUCUCAAGGUUCGCCCCAGCUGUUUACCGCCGCCGGCGCGCAAGAAGCAUUCGACCCCCUUCGCCGCACCGCCGACCGCGUCACAAAGCAAAUCGAAGCAUUCGCCAAGGAACUCGACCAGUUCAAACAGAAAAACUCCAACGAUGACUUCCAGAACAUCCAAGCCGCAUACGAACUCGUCGACAAAUACCAAAAGCUCACGAAAAAUGCCAUCCAAGAGUCCGAAAAGCAACAAAAGCUCAAACGCGCGAAGAAUUUCCGGUCAAGUGGCAGCGAGGACCUCAAGGCGGAGGAAGAAUUGCGGCGUCUGCAGCUGGAACUCGAUACUUGGCGCCUUCUUCUGAACCUGAUCAGUAUCGACGACCCGGCGAGUCGAGCCAGCUACCAAGAAGGACGCCAAACCGCUUUCCAAAAUUUGCACCGCUACUCAUCCGAUCGUGAAAUCUGGGAACAAUUUCUGAACGCCGAUCAAUACGCUCUCGAGUGCGUUGUGGCUAUGAAAUGGCUCCAGGAGACUUCGAAGACGGGCGACCAUGAGCUUGAGUUUUUGAUCACCGAUAUGGAGGCUCAGGCGGAACGUGGCCAAGGCCUAUGGUCCCAUGGGUGGCUCUUCACUAAAGAAGCUAUCAAAGGACACAAGCGAUUGCGAGCUUGGCCUCAGCCAUUAGAACCCAACGAUACGGCGCACGCGAUGUUGAAAACCGACGAUCAAAAGCCGCUCGUUACACAGCUGGAUCCCGAUGCGCUCCUUCGACAAAAACACAGCCUGCAGGCACAGGAUGAGUUCUAUGAACGCGCUACAUGGAUGACCUGUUGGAAGAUGCUUCGACAGGGUGAGAAUUGGACCAAAAUUCGCGAAUGGGCCCAAAGCCGCCUCGAAAACUGGAGGGCCGUUAGCCUUUGCGGCUCGAGUGUUGAUGGAAACAGCACUAAGACUCGCACUCCAGUCGACGAUGGGUUGACACGCCUAAUGAAUGCCCGCGCACAAGACUCCUGGCGCGCUGCCUGCUCAGCUUUGGCGCGCAAUACCAGCGCAGGUGAUUUCGAGCGUGCAGUCUACGGCUUGCUGUGCGGCGAGAGUGAUUCAGUAGUCAAGGUCUGCAGUAGCUGGGAUGACUACCUUUACGUGUAUUUCAACCGUAUCGUCCUCUCACGCUACCAGGGAUUCUGCAAGCAGUUUCAACGAAAGCUGAGCCAUUCCCCUAACAGCUCGGUUGUCUUCACGCCUGAGCCAGCUGGACACGCUGAUCUACAAAAGUUCUUCCACUACUUGCGAGGCAACGAGCGAGUUGGCAGCGAAGCACGCAACCCAUUCCGCAAUCUACAAGCAGCCAUUCUCAGCAAGGGAUACGAUUCUUUCUUCUCCCUUUUGGCCCAAGCGGUCUAUCAAGUCAGCGUCAACAUACAUGGGACAGCAUCUAUCAUCCCAGAUAUCCCACGCUCGCAGGUGGAUGAUGCGUACCUCAUCGCUGCAGAGGACGAGGAGGCUGUUAAGAUCGCGACUCACGUUUAUCUUGUCGCCCGAUCUAUCGGUUACUCUCGCGCCGAUAAUACCAAGACCGCAUCUGUUGUUGUCGCUGGCUUUAUCGCCAAUUUGGAAGCGAGAGGCCUUUUCGACCUCAUUCCCCUAUACGCAUCUCUUCUGCCGACAGAUAUGUGCCACAGCGUCUUCUCGAAGAUCUUAAUUGACAUCGUGAACCCGAAGCAGAGGAAGGAUCAGGUUCGCCUCAAUCAAAAGCAUGGUAUCGACAUCAAUGCCGUCCUGAGACGUUCAAUGGUCUUGGUUAAGCACCGGGUGGUGCGCAGGCAGGAUGGCUCGCGCCUGCUUGUUCCGCCUAAGAAAGACUUGAUCGGAACAUCCAUCGCAGACGAGGACGAAAAUAUGAUCCGGAGUCUCGAAUGGCUUCGCUACGUGGGUGGCCAAUGGGUCAAGAUCUGCAAGCUUGGAGCGUGGCUCUACCGCAAAUUUUUCGUUGCGGGCAAGCUAGCAGCUGCUCGGGAGCUCAGUCAUCGCAUGCCGUUGUCUGAGAUCUCUCAGGAAACGUUCGGAUUUGACAUCCUCGAAUUCCCUGCUCUGGAUGUGGAUCAAUUCAUUGCCGAGAAGAGUGCACCUUCUAGCCCGACCAAGUCGAGGAAGAACAGUGCCCAUCGACGCAGUCUGUCCAGUAACAACGGUCUGGCGGCCAACAACCCCGCCAAUGCCAACCAACAAUGUGCUCUCAUGUUUAACUUUGAGAGUCUUGCUCUUGGAUUCGAUAGUCUGGAGAACUUUGCUAUUCUCUACGAUCAGAUUUCGAGGACCAAACGUCGACGAGACUCCGGUACGGUGAAGGAUCUGUUCACCGAACUAGGCGACCAUCUUGGUUUCAUUGAGCAAAGUGUCGGUCAGAUGGUGGAGGUAGCUGACUGGCCUGGUACGGCCGAGAAUGCCGAGGAAGAAAAGGAUUAUGCGCAUAUCCGUCGCACGUAUCUCCCUGAAUUGAUUCUGGACUACCACAACGCCUUGUACUACGCCAGCAGCACCCUUGAACAGUCGGAGCUGCUUACCCAGUGCAUGGUUGUGGCCACACUGGUUGCGAAAAUCCCGCAUUUGACGCGUAGCUUCACCGAGGCGCAGCGCAUGGCUGAACUAAUGGAUGUCUUGGCAUUGGCGGGUAAAGCCAUGAUUCUCACGGAUCCGAAACAUGAUGCUGUUCAGGAAAGUGGCCAAACUCUCGGGUUGUGGAGGGUUAGUGUUCCAGAGGGCGACGACACUGCCAUGUUGCAGCAGAUCAAGUGA